AUGUCAAAUAUAUCAGAAAUAGAAAUAGAUACAGAUGAAGAUUAUAAACAAUCAAAACCAACCAUUGAAAAAGAACCUGUAACAAAAACUAUUGUUGCUCAAGAAUUAAUCAGUCAACAAAUAUUUAAAAAGAGAUCUGAUUUUAAUAAAUCAAAUAAAAAAGCUGAAGUAAAUGAACAAGCAUUAAAAACAUUCUUAAAUGGCGCAGUAGAUUAUAUACAUACAUCACAUCAAUCUUUGGAUUCUAGUAGAGCUUGGAUUUGUUUUUGGGUGAUUCAUGCUCUGGAUUUACUUGGUGAUUUAGAUAGUAGAUUGAAUGAACUGACUCCACGUACGAUCACAUUCCUCGAGAAACUUCAAAACAAGUCAAGAGGUGGUGGUUUCGCAGGUGGCAUCGAUCAAGAGUCACAUGUAGUUUCAACGUUUGCCGCUGUGAAUGCAUUGUUGGCUCUAAACUCUGAACAAGCAUAUAAAGUGAUAGAUCGUGAAUCAAUGUAUAGAUUCUUACUGGCGAUGAAGACCGAUCACGGUUCUUUCCGUACACAAGCCGACGGUGAAGAUGAUUCUCGCUCGACCUACUGUGCGGUGGUCAUCGCUUCGCUACUCGAUAUCGCAACACCGCGGUUGAUGUCGGGCGUCGCAGAGUAUCUCGCUGCGUGUCAGACGUAUGAAGGUGGAUUCGGUGGAACACCAAAGAAUGAGGCACACGGUGGUUACACCUACUGUGCGGUGGCGGCACUCUCGCUACUCAAGCGGUUCGACCUCAUUGACGUCGAGUCACUGCUGCGCUGGCUAGUCAAUCGUCAGCCGGAAUACGAUGGUGGACUACAAGGUAGAUCCAACAAACUAGUUGAUACCUGCUAUACUUUUUGGCAGGGUGCAGCAUUCCCCAUUGUCCAAUCACACCUUGGCAGUGUCGCGCAACAAAACAUCGGUAACCAACAGAUCGGUAAACAGCUAUUCAACCAACUCGAACUUCAAAACUAUUGUCUUGUAUGCUGUCAAGAUAAAAGAGGUGGAUUUAGUGAUCAUCCUGAAAAGGGUAGAGAUUAUUAUCAUACAUGUUAUACACUUUCAGGUUUAUCGAUUUCACAACAUAAUGAUAUUCAUUUGGCAGUUUCAUCGAUUAAUGACACUGUUCAAGAGAUGCCAAAGUUUACAAGUGAAGAUGUAACUCAGUUGGAAGGUGGAUUAGUGUUGCAACCGACUCAUCCAAUCUACAACUUGACACUAGUUUUAUUAUUGUCCAUUAAUGAUGAUGUUUUUGUUUUGGCGAAGACAACAUCACGUGCCAAUAAUAUUCAUAAUCACAAUGGCCAUAACAAUGGUAAUAUAAUAUAUCAAGACGGUAGUGAAACUCCGAGUGACAACUGUCCAACCUAUUCACUGUCGAAUCUGACACCAACCAGCUAUGGAUAUACUGCUGCGCUCAGCCUUGUCACUCCAGGUCCAUAUGGCGACGAUGUCAAACAACUACAACUCUAUGUAUAUUUCCAAACACAACAGAUUCUCAGAGUCAAGAUUAUCGAUCCAGCCACACAACGCUGGGAAGUUCCAUUCGUCAAUCAAAUGCAUCAUCCCACAAGAAAACCAUCGCUCAUCGACUACAACAUAAAGUUUGCUCUCAAGAGUUUUGGAUUUUCUAUUACUCGUGUCUCUAAUGGUGAAGUACUUUUCAACACUGCUCCACCAUCCGAUUGUUCAACCAAUGGUUUAAUUUAUGAAGAUCACUAUUUAGAAUUGACAACUAGAUUCCAAACUGAAAAUCCAAAUUUAUAUGGUUUAGGUGAAAGAGUUGCACCGCUGAGAUUACAAAAUAAUUUCACUUAUACUUUGUUUGCAAAGGAUCAAGGUACUCCUGUGAAUUUGAAUCUCUACGGUUCACAUCCAUUCUAUAUGGAGUUGAAUCAAGAGAGUGGAAAUGCAUUUGGUGUUUUCCUCCUGAAUUCCAAUGCUAUGGAUGUAGUUAUUGCACCAAAGACAUUGACAUACAAAGUCACUGGUGGUAUUCUAGACUUUUUCUUCUUUAUGGGACCAUCACCAGUUGAGGUCAUUCAACAAUACACACAGGUCAUCGGUACACCCUACAUGCCAUCCUAUUGGUCAUUGGGAUGGCAUCAAUGUCGUUGGGGAUACAAAUCCGUUAACGAAUCGAAAGAAGUUGUAUUAAAUUAUGCUAAAUAUGGUAUUCCAUUGGAAACAAUGUGGAAUGAUAUCGAUUAUAUGGAUAGAUAUGAAGAUUUUACAUUGGAUCCAGUUAAUUAUCCUGAAUCUGAAAUGACAGCAUAUGUCGAUUGGUUACAUUCAAACAAUCAACAUUAUAUCAUGAUUGUCGAUCCUGGAAUUCAUACAAAUGAUACCUAUGAACCAUAUUCACAAUUAACAAAUAUUGAAGGAUUUAUUAAAGCAAGUGAUGGAACACCAUUUGUUGGAGUAGUUUGGCCAGGAUCAACUAUUUUCCCAGAUUUCUUUAAUCCAAAAACCAAUAUUUUCUGGAAGAAUUGGCUUCAAACUUUCCAAGAAACAGUGGCAUACGAUGGAGUUUGGAUCGAUAUGAAUGAAGUAUCUAAUUUCUGUAAUGGAAAUUGUAAUGGUGAUAAUGGUAAGAUGUCUGGUUUCGAUCCAAACAAUCCACCCUAUUUGCCAGGUGGAAUAUCAUUAGACAAGCACACUAUCAAUCUCACAACUACCCAAUAUGGAAAUCUAUCGGUAUUCGACACACAUAAUCUCUAUGGUUAUACAGAGUCGCUGGCAACAGUCGAUGCCGUCAUUGAAAUCCUUCAGAAACGUGCGACUGUUGUUACACGUUCUACAUUCCCUGGAUCGGGUAACCAUGCUGCUCACUGGCUAGGCGAUAACAACAGCCAAUACAGCGAUAUGUACUACUCAAUUCCGGGCAUUCUCAAUAUGAACAUGUUUGGAAUACCGCUGGUCGGUGCAGACAUCUGUGGAUUCUCUGGAAACACCACCGCAGAGUUGUGCGGUCGUUGGAUGCAACUCGGUAACUUCUAUCCAUUCUCCAGAAAUCACAAUGAUAAAACAGCAAACUCUCAGGAACCCUAUGUAUUCAACGACACUGUCACAAGUAUCGCAAUCGCAGCUAUCCAUACGAAAUACACAUUGUUACCAUUCUACUAUACCUUGUUCUAUCUUUCACAUGUACUCGGUGACCCUGUUGUUCGUCCAUUGUUCUUUGAGUAUCCAACCGACGCCAACACCUUGGCAAUCGAUCAACAAUUCCUAGUUGGUGAAUGUCUGCUUGUAUCACCAGUUUUGGAAGAAGGAGCAACUACAGUCAAUGCUUAUUUCCCCGACGAUAUCUGGUAUAAUUAUUUCACUGGUGUUUUGCAACCGGGAGGAAAGAACGUUACUCUACCGGCACCAUUCGAAGUUAUCAAUGUUCAUCUAAGAGGUGGAUAUAUUAUACCAACUCAACCAACAGCAUCCUACGAGAUACCAGCUGGUGGAAUACCAAUUACCACUGCGAUUGCCAGAACUCUGCCGUAUCAUUUGAUUGUUGCCGUCGGUGACAGUACAUCGUAUGGUGAGUUGUAUCUUGACGACGGUAUCACUGUAGAUGCAUUUGAGAGUGGCAACUACACACAGGUCAACUUCUUCCUCCAAGAAACACAACCACUACAAUAUGAAUUCACAUCGACCGUUACACACAACAAUUAUGUAACACCAAAUCUCGUGGAGACAAUCAUCGUCUACGGAUCGAAUAAGGUAUCACAAGUCACAAUCAACGACCAGCCUUACGAUUCAUUUGUUUACAACACUCAAAACCAGACUCUAUCCAUCACCAACCUAACACUACAGAUAUCAUCGAGUUUCAUUGUAAGAUGGUCAUAA